CAACGACGACAUCCAUCUCCUCCCAGAGGCAGGAAGGCCGCAGAAUCAAAGCCCCGUCACACUCUCCCCCAUAAGGCAUCGCCAGCGCGCCGCUGCCACCCUGUCACCCUGCUCUGGCAAACGCAAUCCACCUCAUCUCCAUGACUCCUCUGCUCCCACCGCAAUGACCCGAAGUCGGCCCUCCGAAUCUGACGAAGAUUCCGGACCCACCACGACAGGAGGUGGCGGCGGCAGAGGAAGGACAGAGAUGAGAGUGAUAGUUCCCUUACAAGGGGUGGUUCAGGGGAGAGGGGGACUUGUGUUGGGUUCAGUAAUUCCCUGCGCACUCUUUUACCUCUUGCAGCUCUACUUCAAACGACAUCGUUCCGAGCCCACGCCCCCGCCCCAGGAGCUGACGGAGGUCUCUGAGUUGAACAGGUCCCUGUCUCGGACCCAUCUGCCUGCAAGGGGUUCGAGCGCGCCGGCUUGUGUGUCAACGCGGGCAAAUUCGAUUGUGAAGUCCAGUGAUUCGCCUUUCUAUGUUGGGCUGAAGAGGGUUUCAGAGGAUCCCUAUGAUGAAUUGAGUAAUCCAGAGGGGGUUAUUCAGCUUGGUUUGGCUGAAAACAAGUUGUCAUUGGACUUGGCUCGAGACUGGCUUGCAGAGAAUGCAAAGGAUUGGAUAUUGAGUGGAGGUGGAAGUAGUGGGCCAUUGAGUAUGGGCGGGAUUGCAAAUUAUCAGGCGUCAGAUGGAUUAGUGGAGUUGAAAGUGGCUGUGGCAGGAUUCAUGUCUCAAGUCAUGGAACGAUCAAUAUCCUUUAACCCAUCACAGAUAGUCUUAACAGCUGGUGCAGCCCCUGCAAUUGAGAUCCUCAGUUUCUGCCUAGCAGAUACUGGAAAUGCAUUUCUUGUUCCCACACCAUACUAUCCCAGUUUUGAUAGGGAUUUAAAAUGGAGAACUGGGGUGGAGAUAAUUCCUGUUCCCUGUCGCAGUGCUGACAAUUUCAAUCUAAGUAUAAGUGCUCUUGACUUAGCAUUCGACCAGGGAAAGAAACGUGGUUUAAAAGUUCGUGGGAUUGUAAUUUCCAACCCCUCAAAUCCUGUUGGCAAUCUGCUUAAUCGAGAAACAAUUUACAGCCUUGUAGACUUUGCUCGAGAGAAGAACAUCCAUAUAAUUUCAAAUGAAAUAUUUGCUGGGUCCACUCAUGGAAGCGAAGAGUUUGUGAGCAUGGCUGAAAUUAUUGAUUCGGAAGACUUGGACAGGGACAGAGUUCACAUAGUGUAUGGGCUGUCAAAAGACCUCUGUCUUCCACGUUUUAAAGUGGGGGUUAUAUAUUCAUCUAAUGAAAAUGUUCUGGCUGCUGCUAAGAAACUCUCAAGGUUUUCUUCCAUUUCAGCUCCAACCCAGUGUUUGGUUAUCUCCAUGCUUUCAGAUAUAAGAUUCAUACAAAAGUUCAUUCGGACCAACAGAGAGAGGCUUCAAAGAAUGUAUACUAAAUUCGUGGCAGGGUUGAAACAAUUAGGAAUUGAGUGCAUGCGGAGCAGUGGGGGCUUCUACUGUUGGGCUGACAUGAGGGGAUUAAUCCGCUCUUACAGUGAGAAAGGGGAGCUCGAGCUAUGGAACAAAUUGUUGAAUAUUGCAAAGAUAAAUGUAACUCCAGGAUCUUCUUGUCACUGUAUUGAACCUGGAUGGUUCCGCUGUUGUUUUACUACAUUGACUGAAAAGGAUAUUCCUGUAGUGAUGGAACGAAUUCGGAAAGUUUCUGAAACCUGUAUAUCCCCCAGAUGAAAUACUAUUGGUUUAUUACAUUCCAA